AUGGACUCCGAUGACGAGUUUGACAGGCUGGUCGCCACGCAAGUGAUGGCGUCAUGUGCGACACCGCUACAAACAGCAGCAGGACUUGCCUCUGGAAGCGAUGAUGAGUUGGAUAUGUUGAUUCUCGAAGCUUUGGAAGGGGUGACAACGACAACCACACCCACAAGAGAAAAGCCCGAAACUAGGUAUCACGACACACAACAGCGUACGCCAUCCUCCGCGGUGCCGCUGCAGCAGCAGCAGCAGCAGCCGACUGUGGCGAGUAUGUCUGUCGUAUCAGGUGCAAGUGGCAAGGUGGUGGGCGCGCCUGUGCCCGCGGUGGCGCGGCCUUCAAGUGUGUGCAGCGACAAUGACAGCGACGGCAGUGGUGAGGCGAUGCUGCAGGCCGUCCUGGCCGGGCACGGGCUACCGCAGCUGGAGCUCGUCGAGACGCAUCUUUCACAGGGGCGUGGGGCAAAACAUCCACCGCUGCAAGGUGUAGCCGCACGGACAGAUGCGCCCGCGGGGGCCUGGGAGAACGAAGAGGAGGAUCUCGUCGUGGAAGCCCUUGCAAACCUUGCGAAGCCCCCGGUACGGUUUGUCUCCAAGAGCCGGAGGCAGGAAGCUGGCACUCCGUCUCAGAGGCCCCACAAAACUGCACCAGCAGAGGCAGCCAUUACCAAUACCACAACAAUGUCGACAACAACAACUGCCGUUACUGGAGAUAGAAAGAACCAUAAAAACGGCAAGAACGAUGCGCCAAUUCAGGCGGGCACAGAUGAAGAGAAGUGGGCGCGGCGGACUCUGAGUGGGGAGGGUUCCACCUCUGCACCAGCUGCCAGUCUGGACACUAGACGGCCCUCCAGCCCCGUCAAGGACCGACACGCUACACAUGAACUGGAAGAUGAGAAACACAUUCUUAGUGCCAUUUUAAAUGCCCUUCAGGACCGGCAGUCUAGCGUAAGUGGAGACCUGGCGCACGAGGAGGAUGGCUACAACGUGGAGGCGGUGCUGCAGCAUGCCGAAGAUGUCGCGGCAUCAUCACUCCGCGAGGAAAGAGGCAAAGAGCGCCACGUCAUGCAUUUCCAUGAGCACAUUGAUAUGCGUGAGGAAAUGCGGAAGGCUCGGGGGUCUGUGGGGUGGCCUUCCUGUGUGGCCGCGCGUGCCACUCCCGUCACCGCCUCGGACGAAUCCCCUCCAAAGUCCCCUGUGUUGUCGUCUUCUUCCCUCUCGAAAAGGCCGACGCUCUGUAUCGGAACUACUCUCGGUAUCGUGCUGCUCUUCAAUGCGAAGCGAAAGAUGUGUGGCAUGUGUGGCUCCGUUGCAACAGCGACGGUGGAGGCGCGAGGCGCCGUCGUGUCGCUCUCCAUGUCGUCGGACGCGUUGGUGGUGCUGUCGGGGCACGAGCGCGGGGCCCUGGUGUUGUGGGACACUGACGCUCUUGCAGCGCUACGCGAGGUCGCGGACGAGUACAGCACACCCAUUACACGCCUACGUCACUGCCAGAUGGACCCAUUCCGUGCCGUCGUGCUGAACAGCACUGGAAACGUCAAGCUGCUCUCCUUCACCCGCAUCUUGUCAAAGGCGGUGUACCGCCUGACUAACAUUGCCGCAUCUGUUGCCGAAGCGCCAUUUGAUGAUAUCGACGUCGCAUUCCUCGAGGGGGAUGGACUCUACGUGGUGGCAGCCGUUUCAGCCGAUACACUACUCAUUUCCGUGUUGGAUUGUGGUCUGCAGACCAUCGCUACACCAAUCUGCCGGCGCACGCGACCUCCAAAGUCUUCCCGAACCCAUGAGCUGUUGCGUUUUGCUUCACUGCCAAUGGGCCCUGGUGGUGUGACGCUCCUCAUGUGUGUGGCGUGGGGCGCCGAUGUGGAGGUGUUUAGCAUCGCGGCCUCUGGCAAGCUGACCGAGUUGCAGCAGUUGGCGAGCGUUCGCCUCGGGCGACCACUGCACGCGAUGGCGCCUAUUGGCGGUAGCAGCUGUCUUCUUCUUCUUGAUCAGAAUGACUCGUUGCAUCUGCUCGACGGGAGCGCUGGUGCUAUCGUGGAAACGAGGGAAAUGCACGGUACAGAGCCAGUGCUCUUUUCCAGUCGAAGUUGUGGUAUGCGGUAUGGUGCCGCCCUCGCACACUGUGGCAAUGACGUGAUCCUUCUGGGCCGCCGCCGCGCAUUUACAUGCACACUGGUGUCGUGGAAUGCACGGUUGGAUGCACUGGUGCAGCAACGGCGCUUCACAGAGGCGCUGGAGCUUGCCAAGGCGUUUGCACUCGAGGUAGCGCUCGCCGUUGUUGGCCUGAGCAGUGAUCCGGCUGAGCGCCGCGCCAGCAUUCGAGCAUAUAUGGUGGGCCUCAUCACGGUCUGUCUAUCGGAUGCUGUAGAGACGCAUAUCUCGCACGAGGCCCUCGCAAAUAGUGUCACAUCCGUUAUUCAAUUUUGUGCAGAGGUUGAUGCGAUGGAUGUCUUCUUUGGUCCCGCAAUGGCCUGCCUGCGCCGCGCCACCUCCAGCGACACGCUUGCGCUGUACUGCCUCGAGGGGUGCAUCCUCUCAGGCGCCGUGACGUCUCUUCCGGAGGUGUACAUCCAGCCCUUCUUUGAUCUGCUCACCGACGAGGCGUUGGCUGAGGCACCGCCCGAGGCUGGGGACGUGGUGGCCCUUCGCGGGGUGUUGCGGGCGGAGCGGGCUUUGAUGCGGCUCGACGGCAGCCAUGAGCUCCUCCUGCACAUCGCGGAGAAGCAAAAUUUAGUACAGCUGACUGUGUCCAUUCUGUCGUACCGGCAGCACCACUACGUGGAUGCGUUUCGCUUCGCCCUCGACAAGAGCCGCAACCACGCCACCAAUAACAAUGGUGGGGAUGACGUGGCACUGCGCUUCUUCGAGUGCACCAUGCGUGGAGAAACUUUGCUGGAAAACGUCGAAAUACGCGACGUCCACCGACGUCCCGCGAAGGAGCAGUUGUGGAGUCACCUACUAACUGUCACAGAUGACUUUGCGGCGCUUCUUCGCAUCGACCCACAGCGUGUUCUUUGUGCAGCGCUGCUGUCGCUACAGGAGAAAGGUCCCUUCUCGCCAUGGGAUGGCAUAGUGUCGCGCGCGCGCUGCGUCGAUGAGUUGUUCGUUCGCCUUGUGGGAGUGGAACUCUCCUGCAGCAGCCCGAUCCGGCCGUGGGAGCUGGCGCGGCGAGGGUGGCCGCCGUACGCCGUUGUGCACGAACUCUUUGCAGAUGUUACCCGUCUCGUACUCAGCGGUGCGCUGGCUCUGAAUCACAUGCAACUGUUCUGCGAGCACGUGUGUUCUCAUUUUAUUUAUCAAUUUCAAAUCGCUGAGGAUGACUUGCAGCGUCGCGAUGUGCAGAAUGAUGUGGUGGCUUUGUUUCGCAGCUCUAUCACCACGGGCGUCGACUUUGCGUUCGCCGAGGAAGAGUUGCGCCAGCAGCGCAUGGCCCGUGCCCUGGCAGCGCUGCACUGCGCCCGCUUGGAGUACGCGGAGGCCAUUGACUGCUACUUGGGGAAGGAGAACAACCGCGCCGAUGCAGACCUAGCCAAAGACGUCUUCCGCGUUAUUCGGGAAGAGAUGAGCCGUGCGCUGCAUGCAGGCGAAGCUGAGGCGGCGCAGCGUCUUCGGGAGGCCGUGAUGGAUCGCAUCUCCCUCUUAGUUGACGUUGACGCUACAUUGCUGGCGCAGUUUGUCUUUGACUACCUCCCAGGUAACCAUGAGGAUGUCAUGGGCAUUCUUCGCAAUUCCAGUGCGACAUUCCUCCGAUAUCUGGACGAGUUGGUGGCGAAAGGGGACCCAGCAGUAGCCAAUGAUGUGAAGCUGCAAAACACGUACAUUGAACUCCUCUGCGCCCACGACCCGGGGCGUGUUUACCCAUACCUACAUUCACAUGACUCUGUCGUGACAUACGACCUGCAUCUCGCGCUUCAUGCGGUGAAACGGUACAAGGUGGCGGACGCCGCUGUAUUUCUACUCGAAAAGACACUCAUGAUUGACGAGGCCAUGCGCAUCCUUAUUGGGGCUGUCGCCGAGAAGCUGCAUACGUUGCGUCAAGAGGUAGUAAACUACGUUAACUCCCUGUGCGAGAAGGGUGUGCGCCCCUCUCUUGUGUCGCCCUUCUUGUCCCCGAUGAGGAAGCGAGAAGAGGAAGUGUUGUUGGAAGGCAAGCAACUGCAACAACAGACAACGAAUCCGCAUGGCUUAUGGGCAAGUGAAGAGGCACUUCAGCAGGUAUUGGGGGUGGGCAUUGAUUUAUGCACCAAGUACAAGGACAAUGGUGACUCCCGAGUGAGUGGGAAUUGGUUUAGCCUACUGGAACUCUUCACAAUUUCACGCCGUCUUCUGUGCGACCGCCAGCGGCAACACAGCGCGAUUCUGCAAUCCGGCACGGACCCGGUGGACGGCUUUGAAGACGAUGAAAUUCAGGCUGCCCUCACAUCUGAGGGUCUAUUGUCCAGCAGUCGAUUUCCAUUAUUAUCGAAUCCUCUCUCGUUUCGCGGUGUGGCAUUUUUGGAGCAUAUGAUCGCCCUUUACACCAAGUACGUUUCCCAUUUACUAACACACAUGAUCAAGGUGCUGGAUCUGUCACAGGUUGUUGGUAAAAUUGUGGAGGAUCACGAGCGCGAGCGCUUUGGCCCUUUCAAACCUGUCAUUGUCGAUAUCAUGUCUUCUCUUAGCUUUGAACUGGAGGUGAAUCAUCUAUGCAAGCUUUCCAUGGACAAUGACAUCAUGACACUUGGCUGUGACCUGCAUCGAAGUUUUAACACGGGCGUGGUGCCCCUCUCGGAUUCGUGCUAUAUCUGCAACGGCGGCCUUGGAGAUGCGCGUGGGGCUGCGACAGAGACAACAGUGCGUAUAUACGCCUGCGGUCACGGCUACCAUGAGUCAUGCGUUACAAAGUACGGUGUAGGGAUGGAGUGCGUCCACUGCAGCAAGGAGCGCACAGGGAACUUUCACCCUUUCGCGCGCCCACGCGGGGAAGAUGGCAGCUUGGAAAACAACAACAAUAACAAUUAUGAUGGGGUGGGUAAGCGAGGGGAGCAACACAAAAUGAUGCAGGAGGGGGAUAUUCCGCUGAUUGUUCGGAGGCUGAAGCACACACGGGCCAAGAUUGACGGCACGCGGGGUUACUAUGAACUGCUACGCAGCUUUCUCCAUCCAGACGAUACCCCCACAACAGCGUUUGGGUUACUGAGGGAAUCCACAGGACGGAGUUUGCUUGCACCUGCACCGCCCCCACCCAUCAACCUUGGCGAGUUCGCAGUGGACCUGCUGAAUUUCGACACGGCGCUAGCUGUCUCCCUGACGGAUGAGGAGGUGCUUGAGCUGUUUGGUGCACCGCAAGAUGGUGACGACGACAACGACAAUACCAGUGACGGCACCGACGAUCAUGGAGGAGGGGGAGGCGAGCCCGUGCUAGGGGGUGUGGCAACUUUGGCGUUUGAUACGGCGCCCAGUGGCGCUUAG